AUGGCCGCCUUCCAGAUCAUUCGCAUCCUCCGGACUGACGCCGCCGACGACGAAGGUGUUUGCGUCCUGGGCCAGGUCACCCCCUCCGGGUCCAAGCCCCUGAACGUCAAGCUCGUUGUCACCGAGGGCGAGGAGCCAUAUGCGGUCAAACUAAAGCACGAUCGUAUUGGCGAUCUGCUAGAGGGCAGCAGCCCGUGCUCGCCGAGCGAGUGGGAAGCCAUCUUGAAGUCCGUCCUGCUCGAUAACAGCCCGCUCGACGGCAUCGAGGCCGGCGCUGAGGCUCAUGUGGGGAAGUCGGUCACCAUCACUAUCAGGAGGCGGAUAGCCGGCAUCAAUCAACGUCUAGGCACCAUAACCUUGAAGCACACCCCCGAUGAAGGCAUCCAGCUCUUCGACUGGUGCGGCGCCGCGGCGCUGGAGCAGCAAAAAUCCAGGGACGCGGUGGCGGCCGAGACGGCCAAGGUCGCCGACCUGGAAGCGCGCGUGGCCGAGCUGAGAAGCCAGCUGGCCGAGCUGCUCGAGGCCAAGAAAGCCCGGGAGACGGAGAUCCUGGAAAAGGUCUGCGGGCUGCUAAACGAGAAGAAGGUCAAGAUCCGCGAGCAGCAGCUCCUGCUCAGCACCGCCAGGGUCGACCCAUCCAAGCUGGCCGAGGUGCGCGCCGCUUUCGCCGCCAGGCCGAGAGCCGCCGGGGCGGCGGGGCAGGCCCCCAGAGCGUCCCGCGCCUCCAAGCGCAAGGCGCUCGAAGACGCGUCUGGCGACGACGGCCCCUCGGACGACGGGUUUGAGAGGAUGGACGUGGACGAGGGCGUGGAUCAAGACCUGAAGACGGAGGAUGCAGAAGCGCCCGAGAAAUGGAACGACUCGGACGAGCGCCAGACCACAGACGACGACGCCACAGGGAGCGAGCCAGACGACGAGGACCUACCUCCUCCGCCGGCCACCCGGCGUAAGGCACCAGACACGGCAGCGAAGAGCGCCAAGGGCCGCCCGGCCGCAGCAGCCGCUUCUCAGGCGACGAAAGCUAGCGAGACGCUGACGAUGCAGCCGAGACGCGCUGCUGCCACCACUACAAGGUCGGCGAGGGCGACUGCUAGUCCCUCUCCGGCUCCAGCGGCGGCAGCAAUAGCAGCGGAAGGAAGCGAGAUCGAAUCGGACGACGAGUUAUGAAAAAUAUGAGAAAAGGAGGAAAGACCAUGAAAAGGGGCUUACCAUGUAAUAUAUGCUACCGCUUUUCCUUACUACUUCUGUCUCGGCGGGGAUGGGGUAUCCAAUGACGGCCUAGAUACACGAUUGACGACACGGCAUUCAAUCACGAUACUGUUUGGGGGCGGCAAAUUUUAUUUUUAUUUUUAUUUUUUUGAGGAGAGGAGGCGUUAAAAACCGGCGGGAUAGAGACUUGAAUAGCGCUUAGAUUCAGCUACCGUCUCCAACCACGCACAUUAUAAGAGACUUCUCACGUGAGGACAGACAAGUACAUGAGUACAGAGAUAGGCUCAAUGCCUACCCCAUGGAUACGUUUCUUAAUUAUGGUGUAGGUUCGGU